GCAAACAUCUCAGCCCAAAGGAGCAAGUGCCAAAGUAAUAAGAGGCACUACAGGACGUUUUGGAGAAAACCUAGUGAAUCUCAAAUUGCAAUGAAACCAACCAUCCUCCUCUCCUUGUUACUGAUUGUCCUUCAAGUCCACAGUGGUUAUGGAGGUAAAGAUUCAGUUCAAGAAAAGCUUGUUUCCAGCAUUGACGACUUUGCCUUUAAAUUCUCCAAACACAUAACUUCACGUCAAGGUGCCAGAAAUAUUUUCUUCUCCCCUAUGAGUAUCUCCAUGGCAUUUUCACUGGUCGGCAUGGGUGCUAAAUCAAACACCCAAAAGCAAAUUUACAAAGGACUCGGAUUGAAUUCAAUUGACACAAGCAAGAUACAUGCAGGAUUUCAAGAGUUCCUCAAGGCACUGACCAGUUCAAAACAUGAAGGCACGGUGAACAUUGGGAAUGGCUUGUACCUAGCUAAGGGCAUCAAAAUAGCUACUAAGUACAAUAAGGAUCUCCAAAGUUUCUACAAAUCUGAGAUCUUUGCUGUUAACUUCAAAGACAACGUAGUGGCUGAAAAGCAGAUAAAUGAUUAUGUGAAGGACAACACUAAAGGGAAAAUACCAGAAGUAGUUAAAGGCUUAGAUCCAAACUCCAUGAUGGUUCUUGUGAACUAUAUCUACUUCAAAGAUGAGUGGCAAGAUCCAUUCGAUCCUGAAAAUACAGAGAAAAAAGAUUUUUUUGUUGAUGAAAGGACAACUGUGAAAGUCGACAUGAUGCAGAAAAAUGGCUAUUUUAGACAUGUACGCGAUGAACAACUUUCCUGCUGGGUCCUUGAACUUCCUUACAAAGGAGGUGCUGUUGCCUGGUUCAUUCUGCCUGACAAAGGAAAACUGAAGAAAGUUGAGGAUGGUUUGCAGGGGAAAACUUUGUCCAAAUGGAGAAAAUCUUUUCAAACAGGAAAGCAAUUUUAUUUGUCCAUCCCCAAAUUAUCAAUGGCUACAUCCUACGAUCUCAAAGAUUUGUUAUCUGGGCUGGGCAUUUCCGAAGUCUUUACUCCCAAGGCUGACCUAACUGGAAUUACUGGAGGUGGCAAGCUGAAGAUUGACAGGGCUUCUCACAAGGCUCUUCUGGAUAUAAAUGAAAAAGGCACCGAGGCAGCAGCCGCCGUCUUUAUGAGCUCUGGGGUUGGAGCUGCUCCUGGUCCCCCUCCCAUUCCUCUAAACUUUAACAGGCCGUUCUUAUUUUCCAUAAUGGCAUCAGUUGAUGGGCCCAUGCUUUUCAUGGGGAAAACAGUAAACCCAGUUCAACCAUGA